CGCCUGCGCAGACAGUGGAUCGCGAUGAACCGCGCGCACGUCGCCUCCAACUACGGGUCGAACCCGGGCGGGCUGAGCGCGGAGCAGGUUCCUGGGGCUUUUGUGCGGUUUUUGAAUGCGGAGUUGGCGGGGGAUGAUGAGUGAUUUGGUAGUAUUUUUUUUCAUAGUAUUUAUUUUUGUGUCUGUUUUCUUGUUUCGCUUGUCGUUGGCAUUUACCCUUGCGCUAUCAUGGUUGAAAGAUAGAAGAGGGGGGGAAAGGAGGAGGUUGGAUAGUAUGGUGUAGAUUGGGUGGAUUUGGAGGAUAAGGAAAGCAUAUAAACGAAUAUGAAUGAG